GCAGGUUUUCCUUGGCCGUGGGCCUUGCUGGUUGUCCGGCGCCCCCUCAUCGCGGCUUGGCCUUUCCAGGGUACGGAGGAUGCCCGGAGGCCUCGAAUGCUGGCGAUGAUUGAUCUGGUUCUUGCUCCAGAAUGGCUUCCCUAGUGCAUACUCAUUUAUGAGAAUUCACGAGCUAUGAAUAAUUGUGACUUGUGCUUUUUUUGUGUGUGUAUUUAAUUCAACUGAAAAUAGAGGAAUAGGUGUGGAGUGUGCGUCAGCGGUAGAGUGAUUGUCUAGCGUGGGCUAGUCCCCGAGUCCUCCCACCACUCAAAAAAGAAAAAGCAGAGCCCCCAAGCUAAUCACUUUUCUUCUGUCUUUCGGAACCCUCGCUCCUCUUCAUGGCCGGCUGGACAAUACCUCUAAGAUAUUGGUAUCAACCUGACAGAUCCUAUGUUCAGAGGAAUUUACAGGGGGGUGCAGAAGCAUCAAGAUGAUUUACAAGAUGUAAUAGAGAGAGCUAUCCAGAUUGGUGUUAAAAAGUUUAUGAUCACAGGUGGAAGUCUACAAGACAGUAAAGAUGCACUGCAGUUGGCACAAACAAAUGACAUGUUUUUCAGUACAGUGGGGUGCCAUCCCACGAGAUGUGAUGAAUUUGAAAAGGAUAGCCCUGAUCAGUACUUAGCAGGAAUGCUGAGCCUUGCUGAGAGCAACAAAGGAAAAGUUGUAGCAAUAGGCGAAUGUGGACUUGAUUUUGACCGACUUCAGUUUUGUCCCAAAGAUACUCAACUCAAGUAUUUUGAAAAACAAUUUGAACUGUCAGAGCAAACACAAUUACCAAUGUUUCUUCAUUGUCGAAAUUCACAUACUGAGUUUUUGGAUAUUAUGAGAAGAAAUAGAGAUCGGUGUGUGGGCGGAGUGGUGCACUCAUUUGAUGGUACGAAGGAAGCAGCGGCUGCUUUGAUUGACUUGGACCUUUAUAUAGGAUUUAAUGGUUGCUCUCUGAAAACUGAAGCUAACUUGGAAGUUCUGAAGUCAAUACCUAGUGAAAAACUCAUGAUUGAGACAGAUGCACCUUGGUGUGGAGUUAAAAGUACACAUGCUGGAUCAAAAUACAUAAAAACUUCAUUUCCUACCAAAAAGAAAUGGGAAAAUGGGUACUGUUUAAAGGAUAGAAACGAGCCCUGCCAUAUAAUUCAAAUAUUGGAGAUAAUGUCAGCAGUAAGAGAAGAAGAUCCACUGGAAUUAGCCAACACACUAUAUAACAACACCAUUAAAAUAUUUUUUUCCUGAUUUGUGUUUUCUUUUUAUGAUGUGGAAUUUCAUAGUAAGCCUGUGAGCUUUAUUAAGGAAAUCUUUCCAGUAGUUCGUUAAAGAGGUAGCAGUAUACAUUGCACCUUGCUUUUACCCAUAAAGUCAGAUUAGCAUUGUUUAGGCUGCUAAACGCUUUAGUUAACAAUGACAACCUUUUUAUUGUGUAAUAUCAGAAGUCUGAAAGGACAGUUUUAUGCUCUCACUGCAAACACAGUGAUGCUUCUACCGAAGACUUAGCACGUCCUGGUUUAUAU